GAUUCAUAACGUUAGACAAAGACCAAAGUGACGUAAAUACAUAUAUAUUUUUAUACUUUAUCCAGUACAUGUUCGCUAUUAAUCAAGGCAGGGGUCGUCGCAAGCCGGAUUAGUUAGCUAAAAUAUAGUUUAAGUUUGAUACGCUAGCUAAAGUUAACGUUAGCUUAACUUAAACUAAUAUACGUUUGUGUUCUCUCACACAAACAAAAAUGUCGGAGGAGAAUAUCAGCUUGUUUGACUUGUUGAAUUUAUCUAUCGGGACACCUGAGAGGGGAGCUGUCAACUUCAGCGCCCUACACGCCCUGCUCCACGCAGUGCUCAAGCAGCUGGGUAUCCGAGAGAUGAAGACCCGGUGGAGGGACCCUCCUCCCGGCGAUGCUCUGAUAGGUGUCACCGCUCCCAAAGAGGGCCACCAUACAGAGGAGGAAACCGGCACAGAGCUGCAGGAGCGGAUAUCUCCGACCCCCUCCUCCGUUCAGCUCCAGUCCCGCAUCCAGACCUGCGAGGACGACGUGUCCAAGGUCAUGACGCUCAUUCAGGAGCUCCACAGCCAAAGAGACAGUAUGAGCGAAGAGAUGAAGGAAGAGAUGAAGGAGCUUUGCCACCAACAGAAGAUGGUUGGUGCAGGUCAAGUAGAGACGCUCAAUAAUUUGGAGAAGUGCUGCCACCGGGUGGAUGCUUUGGAGGACACUGUGAGAUCUCUAAGGGUCACAUUUCAAAAGUAUCCAGACCCAGAGGAGCUGAGCAAGUGUGUGACCUGGGACAUCAUGCAGUCAGCUCUGCUCAGUGACAGAGAAAACCUGCAGAAGGAGCUCAUAAAGUCAGAGGUUGUUGAUCCAGCCACAUACGGACCUUUCAACAGCAACUUCACUCCUGUAAACUCUGCACCUUCUCAUACCAGCAUGCCCUCCUCCCCCCAUCCUGUUGAGGAUACCAGUCAGCGAUCAGCUCCUAGUUCUCCAACGAUUCCUGGACAGAUUUUGACAGACACCCAGACAGCCACAGAGGCUCCUUCUGUCCUGUUAGGGCCACCACAACAGACUCAUCCUAAAAUAGGCUCAAUGGCUGCUGGUACAUCCCUAACUCGAAAGGCCGGCAGCUUAGAGUGUUACUCGGAGACGGUGGAGGCCCUAAGAGACAUCGGCAAACUGAGAGAGAGGUUCAGCAAGCUGGAGGCUCGUGUUGCAGCACUUGAGGAGGGAAAGGUGGACCAGUCACAGCUGACACACCUUAAAGAGCUCAUCACUAAUAAAGUUUCACAGGAUGUGUUGAAUAACCUGAUGGAUCAACUGAACCAGCAGAGAGCUUUAAUAGACAGCCUGAUGAGAGACCGUGAAAAGGUAGAGCUGGUGAAUGAUGUGCAGAAGGCGAUCCUGCAGCUUCAAGCAGAGUUUGAAAAGCUGCAUGAAACCGCCAGGUGUCUGGACGAAGACAGUAGACAGAAACAGAGUCACAUAGAGAAGCUGUUCAGAACGACAGAGAAGCUAGAGGAGAAGAAGGCUGACAAGCAGAUGGUUGAGAGUGAAAUCAAAGCCGAUAAAUCUGCUCUGGAGAGCAAAGUAAGUCGUCUGCAGUUUGACUCUACGACUGAGCAUCUCAACACCAUGUUCCACGAGCUUCUGAACAAGGUGACCGGCCAGGAGCAGGACUGGCACAAAGUCAUCGACAAACUCUCCACUGAGAUGGAAUGCAAGCUGAACAGGAUUGAGUUAGACUCUGUUAAGAAGCAGCUGGAAGAUCGCUGGAAGAACAUCCAUGAGAAGCUGCAGGCUCAGGGAGCUCCAGAGCAUGAGGACGCUGCCGGCAUCAGAAAACAACUUGUGGACAGAUUUCACUGCCUUUCCUGUGACCGACCUGUUGUCAUGCACACCUCUGGACAGCAUUUGGUAAAGCUGCCAUCCACUCCUGGAUUCCCCUCACACAAGUCCAUCAGGCCGUUUACGGUUUACGCUCUGGAGCAGUUUCGACAACACUACAGGAGUGAGCGCAUCUCUGAGAUGACGGAUUACAGUCACCUGGCCAUGUCGCGGAGCUGUGGGGGGAGUCACACAGUCACCUCUGCCAGUCAGCGACGCACCGGUCUGCAGUACGUGAAGCACCACCCUCAGACUGAGGUGGACACCGUGAUUCAGACGGAGGAGGUUGAUAUCGUUGGACUGGAUGGGCAUAUUUACAAAGGUCGCCUGAACGCACCUGCCAUCAGAAAUACAGAAACUAAACUACCUACGAUCUCUACCAAAGACGGCAUGUGCAAAACUAAAGACAAAGCCAAGUGCUCUCUGUCCCACAAACCUGCUGCGUCUCCGGAGCUGGGACACAGUGUUCCAGUUCAUCACCCAAACAGUGCCAAGAGUGCCCAGUGCAGCCGCUCAGCCUCCAGCAUUUCGGGGCGGGACUGGCCUGUGUCAGCUCUGGGCUGCACAUCGCAGAGCUCCAUCACUCCGGCUUUAGCUGCAGCAGAGAGCAACACAGAGCCUCAUGCUGAUGAGCCACUCGACCCAUAGGGGGCGACACUCAGCACUGUACUGUUUUUCUCAUGUAAUUAAUUUCCUGCAGGGAGAAGGUAUCCUGCUUUAAUCCUUUUUUAAUUUUUAUUUUAUCAAUUUGUUGCUUAUUGUUGUAACAUUGUUUUGCAUUACAUGUCCCAUAAAUCACCUGUCAAACAUUGGGUCCAGUACUGUGACGUCUCUUUGGGGUUCUUUUUAUUUUAAUUUUCUUCCACUCAAUAGGACACAGAGUGUUGACACAGCAAACAUAAAACCUUUCGGUGCCAGUAUUAAAUCCUUAAUGAAGGGUUGGAUGGAUUUAUUAAAAGAUAAGUCUGA